AGGGACAAUCAGAUAAGCACUCAGGGUACUCUCCAAGGCUGCGGCACUGAAGGAAGCAGAACGUGUGCAAUGGGACUUCUAAGAGGCCGCAGUGGCUGCAAAGCCACGUACGCGCUGAAUUCUAACAUCAAUGCAGCUUGUACCGCAAUAAAUAGUUUGUUUCUUCCAUGACGGUAAUGAACGAGCCUCCCGUGGUGAGAAACCUCAACUUUAAAACAGGUUCUCGUUUAUUUGCUAUUGGGAUUCAUAGUGAGUGGAGGAUACCAAACAUUCCGCUUAUAGGACAUACUGUUGCUGUAUAAGGACCAUUGGAGGUCUGUUUCCUUAUGAGUAAGUGGUGGACACGGUCCUCUUGUAUGCCCCGAUGGUCCAUAAAACAUGAUAAAAUGCCCAAUGCCACGGGCCUAAGUGCAUGAAAACGUGGGGCAGGGCACUAAUGGGUAGCCUUACAAUGGAGGAAAAGAGAUGCAGUGCUUGCACCGUUGCCAGAUGUUGACUAAUGAUUAAAUUUGCACGGUCAUUAUGCCCUCUGCAUAAUCAAUGAUGGGGGGGAAAAAAGAACAUAAUGUAUGGUCAGCUGCCUCGUCAAGAGUUCUCUUGGAUUUACAGGGACGUCCUCAGAAGCCCAGAAACAAAGCGGCAUUUUGACAUUACAGUUAGAUUUAAUUCUGACCUGUGACCUUUUAAUAACCCUGACCAUGGCCCCAUGUGGAUUCCGAGUCUGUGUUCACGCAUCUCUUGUCACAUGACUUACUUCCAGCCAGUCAUGCUUGGUACAGGCCAUGAUAUUGAUGAACGUGACCCGCUGGCCCAGCUGGCUGAUGAUCUCUCUGCAGCUUCUCACUAGAUUGAAUCAGAGAUAAAAAUGCUGCAACGAUCAGUCGAACUGAGAUUAUGGCCUUUAUUGUUUUCAUACAGAACAUGAACUUCCCAGACGUUAAAUUAAUUCUCUGGCACUGCAAUAUAAAAAUGAAAAAAAAAAAAAUCAUAUUUGGCAAAACUCGAUGUGGGAUGCCCUUCAAGUGGCCAAACCCUGACGCAGUGCCCUCUAGCGUGCCUUCCAGUGGAGAAAGAGGAAAGAAGUGCCAAAAACCCUACGCAGAAAUGUGCAGUCUAGAGACUAGACUAUGUAACAAACUAGAAAAUUAUAUUUUAAAAUCUUAACUCGGUAAUUGCAACUGUUUCAACAUAAAUCUACCACAACUUUCUACGCAAGUCCGAAAUAUAAAACCACACACGUGGCCGCGGGGGUGAAGGUAAUUCACAUUAAAAAUUAAAAAUAAAGAUUCUCAUGGAAAAUAGUCUCGAACGGAUUCCUAACUGAUAUAAUGAGGCGAACCAGGAACCGCGGUUUCCAUCCCGACAGCAGCGUGACACGUGGGAUUGAAUCCACUUUGCGCGAGACGCAGGACACGGGGGCAAAUACUAGGGGUGGUCGCGUGGAAGUGUAAUCCAUCUAAAAGCAGCGGGACCCGUGUCCUCGAGCAACACCACCCCUCCCCCCCUUUCUGGUGCCUGCAGAACACGGCUAAUUAAACGGCGGGGAAUGCUCGUUAAGCGGCGCGAACAGAGCCGUCGUCCUCCGCCUCUCCGCACCGCGUGGCUCUCUGACGAGGCAGCAGUGUGGCACGCGUAAAGUCCACACCAACCAACCAACCAACCAAACAAAAAAAAAGAAAGAAAGAACAACACGCGCGCAAGUCUCCCACGCGCUCGGGGAACCGCAGCGAGCGUUUGCCGUGAGAGUGGGACCGGGUUUCUCUUCCGUCCCCCCACGCCGUCCGCCGCAUGGUUCAUUCCAGCGUCCGUACGCGCAGCCGAGGCGGUUCAAUCAGCGCAUUUCGAUGGAGAGGUGGACGCCGAGCACACUGUUGCGGGACCGUUUAGUGCCAAACCGUUAAUGGAAUGCCUCGGCUGCCUGCAGAAACCGAACCGUCUUGGCCCUCGGCUGCGGUGCCGUGAGCAGCUACCAUGACGCACCCCAACGCCAGCGUCCCGGCGGCCAACUUCAGCGGGGCUCCGGACGGCCACGACUCCGGAGGAAACAUCUACCGGCCCUUUUCCGUCUUCAGCGUGCUCACCCUCACCUUACUGGCGAUGCUGGUGGUGGCCACGUUCGUGUGGAACCUGUUGGUGCUGGUCACCAUCCUGAGGGUGCGGACGUUCCACCGCGUGCCGCACAACCUGGUGGCUUCCAUGGCCAUCUCCGACGUGAUGGUGGCCGCCCUGGUCAUGCCGCUCAGCCUCGUCCACGAGCUGAACGGCAGGCGGUGGAAACUGGGCCGGGUGCUUUGCCAGGUGUGGAUCUCCUUCGACGUGCUCUGCUGCACGGCCAGCAUCUGGAACGUGACGGCCAUAGCCCUGGACCGCUACUGGUCCAUCACCAGGCACCUGGAGUACACGCUGAAGACGCGCAAAAAGAUCUCCAAUGUGAUGAUCGCGCUCACGUGGCUGCUGUCCUCCAUCAUUUCCCUGUCGCCCCUCUUCGGCUGGGGGGAGACCUACACGGAGGGCAUGAAGUGCCAGGUGAGCCAGGAGCCGUCCUACACGAUCUUCUCCACCUUCGGAGCGUUUUACCUGCCGCUUUGCGUGGUGCUCUUUGUGUACUGGAAGAUCUACAAGGCUGCCAAGUUUCGGAUUGGUACCCGCAAGACCAACACGAUAACACCCAUGGCUGAGGUAAAGGACGAGACUCACCCGCCGCAGAUGGUGUUCACAGUGCGCCACGCCACCGUGACCUUCCAGACCGACGGGGACACGUGGCGCGAGCAGAAGGAGAAGAAGGCGGCUUUGAUGGUGGGCAUUCUGAUCGGCGUGUUUGUCCUCUGCUGGAUCCCCUUCUUCAUCACGGAGCUCAUCGUGCCGCUGUGCUCCUGUGACAUCCCGCCAAUCUGGAAGAGCAUCUUCCUGUGGCUGGGCUACUCCAACUCCUUCUUCAACCCGCUCAUAUACACCGCCUUCAACAAGAACUACAACAACGCCCUGAAGAACCUCUUCUCCCGGCAGCGCUGAGCCCCUUCGGGGCGGAGGAGGACCGGUCCUGUCUCUCACUCAAAUCGUCCUC